AUGUCUGUGGCUCAACUGUCCACCGAGGACAACAAUUCAGAGCCAAAAAGAGCCAAAAUAGAGAUCCCACUGGUUCUAGGCUUCUCGGCCGAGGAUAAGAUCAGAACUAUCCAACCUCAUAACGAUGCUUUGGUGAUCACACUCAGAAUAGGGGGGUAUGAUGUGAAGAGAGUGUUGGUAGAUCAAGGAAGUGCUGUUGAGAUAAUGUACCCCGACCUGUACAAGGGGUUGAAUUUAAAACCCGAGGACCUAACGGCAUACGAUUCCCCUUUAGUAAGUUUCGAAGGGAAGACUGUUACUCUAAGAGGUCAGAUUAGACUACCCAUACAGACCGGUUUAGACGUAGUGGAAGUGGAUUUCAUUGUAGUGGACGCUUACUCACCCUACACAGCUAUAGUGGCUAGACCUUGGCUUCAUGCCUUAGAAACCGUCUCUUCUACCCUACACCAGAAGGUGAAAUAUCUGUCCAAUGGCUAG